UUGGUCGAGCGGAGGGCGCGCAGCUCCACCGUUGCCAGGACGCCGCGUAAACACCCGAGCGCGCGCAGCCAGGUGCGCUCCUUGGGGCUGCUGGCUGCUGCGUUUGCGGCGGGAGGUGGUGGCCGCGGUCCCACGAGAGGAGGUAUUUUUCGUCAGCCAAGAUGGCUUCCAAAAGGAGAAAUAUGAGCUGUAGUGAAAGGCAUCAGAAAUUAGUAGAUGAAAACUACUGCAAGAAAUUACAUGUCCAAGCGCUAAAAAACAUCAACAGUCAAAUCAGGAAUCGAAUGGUGCAGAAUGAAAAUGAUAACCGUGUUGAGCGCAAGCAGUUUCUCAGAUUAUUACAAAAUGAACAAUUUGAGUUGGAUAUGGAAGAGGCCAUUCAAAAGGCAGAAGAAAACAAGAGAUUGAAAGAACUCCAGCUCAAACAAGAAGAAAAACUGGCUAUGGAAUUGGCAAAACUAAAACAUGAAAGUCUAAAGGACGAAAAGAUGAGGCAACAAGUAAGAGAAAACAGCAUUGAGCUCAGAGAAUUGGAGAAGAAAUUAAAAGCAGCUUACAUGAAUAAAGAAAGGGCAGCUCAGAUUGCUGAAAAGGAUGCCAUUAAAUAUGAACAAAUGAAACGUGAUGCUGAAAUAGCCAAAACCAUGAUGGAAGAACACAAGAGAAUAAUAAAGGAAGAGAAUGCUGCAGAAGACAAACGAAACAAAGUGAAAGCACAAUACUAUCUUGACUUAGAGAAACAACUUGAAGAACAAGAAAAAAAAAAGCAGGAAGCUUAUGAGCAGUUGCUAAAAGAGAAACUCAUGAUUGAUGAAAUUGUUAGGAAGAUCUAUGAAGAAGAUCGGUUGGAAAAACAACAAAAGUUAGAAAAAAUGAAUGCAAUGCGAAGGUAUAUAGAAGAGUUUCAGAAAGAGCAGGCUCUCUGGAGAAAAAAGAAACGUGAGGAGAUGGAAGAAGAAAACAGAAAAAUCAUAGAGUUUGCUAACAUGCAGCAGCAAAGAGAAGAAGAUCGGAUGGCAAAAGUUCAAGAAAAUGAGGAGAAAAGGCUACAGCUUCAGAAUGCGUUGACACAGAAAUUAGAAGAAAUGCUGCGGCAACGUGAAGAUUUGGAACAAGUGCGACAAGAAUUAUACCAGGAAGAACAAGCUGAAAUAUAUAAGAGGAAGCUAAAAGAAGAAGCAGAAAAGAAACUGAGAAAGCAAAAAGAGAUGAAGCAAGAUUUUGAAGAACAAAUGGCCUUGAAGGAAUUAGUACUACAGGCUGCAAAAGAGGAAGAGGAGAACUUUAGAAAAACUAUGCUAGCUAAAUUUGCUGAGGAUGAUCGGAUAGAAUUAAUGAAUGCUCAGAAACAAAGAAUGAAGCAGCUGGAACACAGGAGAGCUGUGGAAAAACUUAUUGAAGAACGUCGCCAACAAUUCCUUGCAGACAAACAACAUGAACUAGAAGAGUGGCAGUUGCAGCAAAGGCGGCAAGGAUUUAUUAAUGCAAUUAUUGAAGAAGAAAGGCUAAAACUUCUCAAAGAGCAUGCUACAAACUUACUAGGCUAUCUCCCUAAAGGAGUAUUUAAAAAAGAGGAUGAUAUUGAUCUGCUUGGUGAAGAGUUUAGGAAAGUGUAUCAGCAAAGGAGUGAAAUUUGUGAAGACAAAUGAUAACAUCAAAAUUGGGUAAACCCUAGAUUUUUCGUAUGUUACCACUAGAUGUCAGCAUAACUUUUGUUUUACAGUUCAGUGGCAGUAGGAAUCCAUUGUCUAUUUGGAUUUUGUAAGUCAUCACUGAAUUUAUAACUUGUAAACAAUUAUCAGAUAAAAAUUAAUUUUAAUCAAACUGUUAUUUUUUGUACUGAUAAUUUGAAAAUCCGAUUUCUACCACACUACAGAGCAUUGUUUGCAUCCCCAUCCUCAAGACAGUAUAUGUACCUUGACUAAUACAGAACUCUACCCCAAAGUGAA